AUGGACGUCGAGACUCGCUAUAGGGUCUCUCAGACCGGCACGCGCAGGCUCGAGCUGCCCGGCACCGGUAACAAGGAAAAGGCGGAGGAGCUUGCCCGGCGCAUCAAGACGAUCGUCGGCGAGGACGUGGCGGUCACCCGGCCGGAGAAGUGCGCCGACCUGCGGGUGUCUGGGUUGGACGACUCGGUCACUCCCCAGGAGCUGGCCGGUGUGAUCGCCAAGGCGGGAGGAUGCGCCGUGGAGUCAAUCAAAGUCGGCGAAAUACGCCAAAACUUCGCCGGCGUCGGGACGGCUUGGGUUCGCCUCCCAGUAGAGGCGGCGAAGAAAGUGGUGGACGGGCGCCGCCUACUCGUCGGGUUCGUGUCGGCGAGUGUGUCCCUGCUCAAAAUGAGACCGCAUCAGUGCUAUCGCUGCCACGAGGUUGGGCACGUGGUAGCGAAGUGCCACAAGGAGGUGGACCGCAGCGGCCAGUGCUACCGCUGCGGCAAGGAGGGGCACAUUCGCCGGCAGUGUACUGCUGAGGCCAGCUGCCCCAUUUGUGAGGCGGAAAACCGACCGGCGAAUCAUAGCUUAGUCGCUUGCUCUCGCAACAAAGCGGGGAGAAGAAAGAAUAAGGCGGCACCCAGGGAUAAAACCCGCGCACCGCCUGCCAACCGAGCUGGGGAGGUGACCAUGGAGACCUGA